GACAAUGAUAGCAAGGUUAAGAGACUAGAUGUCGUUCAGGUCAAAGUGAAGAAUAAAUCUGAUUCUAGGUGCACCAGUGUUGAGGCUUUAUGUGUUCCCACCAAUCAAUUUAUCUCAAAAACACAUGAUUUGGAAGAAUUUGAGGACUUGGAAUUGGCUGACCAUGAAGGCGAUUCUCCAAACCUCCCAGUAGGAAUUUUAAUUGGGGUAGAUUAUUACCACAUGUUCAUGACAGGAAAGGUUGUGCAAAGUAAGGCGGGUCCAGUAGCAUGCGGAACUAAGGUGGGAUGGGUAGUAAGUGGCAAAAUUGGGGCAGGUCCUCCUGACCUGCAGUGUUUCGAGACCCAUAUCCUACAUGCCUCGGUUGAAUGUAAAGAAACAUCAGACGCUUUAAGACAAGAUUUAGAUAAAUUUUGGUCCAUGGAGACUAUAGGCUCCUCCAGUGACUGUGUGGUCAGUCAGUUUGAAAAUGACAUAGGGCACGAUGGGACCCAAUAUAUAACGAAAUUACCCUUAAAUAAGCCAGACCAUGAGCAGCUGCCAGACAACUUUAGUGUAUGUGAAGAGCGUUUAACAUCUCUAAAACGGCGUUUAACAUCCAAACGAAUUCUCAGGGAGUAUGAUACGAUCUUUACAAGUACGAGAAAAACGGAAUAAUUGAAUGCGUUCCUUCACAUGAGAUUGCUGGGGAAGUAGCUGGAAAAAAUAAUCCUUUCUUGUUAAACGCGACGUUGAGGCACCACCUUAGCAAGUAUGUAGAGAAGGAGAAUGCAGUCAUAGAGCGUAUUCGCGAGGAUUUGUACGUAGAUGAUUUGGUUAGUGGAGGCAAUAGCGUUGGUACAGCUAAGGAAAUAUAUGAGACUAGUAAAGCCAUUAUGCUAGAGGGAGGGUUUGAAUUACGUAAGUGGGUAACUAACGAUCCAGAACUUCAAGCAUAUAUUUCAUCAACAAUGGGUGACAAACCUAAUUCCCAACCCCUAGGGGAAGAUCUUACUUAUGUCGAGGUAAUGUCGCCUAAUUUAGUUAUGCCAAAUCAGGCUGUCUUAGGUGUUGCGGGGAUACCAUCACGGAUGAGUUUGUUUUUCAGUUCGAUAAUUUCUUGAGCAAAUGUGCGAGCCUGGAGCAAACCAAGUGGAAUUUACUGAGUGCAUCGGCCUCGAUUUUCGAUCCAUUGGGUGUGAUUGCUCCUGUCACUGCCAGAAUCAAAACAAUAUUUCAGUUAUGUAAAAACAAAUUAAAUUGGGAUGACCUUAUCCCACCGGCACUUGCAUCCAAUUUGGAACAAGUUUUCAGAGGAAUUAAAAUCUCUGCGGGAAGUAAGACCACCUCGGUUUGUUUUUCAUUUAAAUUUUCAUUCCGGAAUCAGAGUUGAACUUCACGGGUUUUGUGAUAGUCUAUAGUGCGGUCAUUUAUCUGCGUUUUGUUUGCAGUAAAAGUGCAAAAGUCUCUUUUUUGGCGGCGAAAACCAGGGUUGGCGCCUUUAAAUAAAAUAUUGGCUUGCUAAUAGAAUUUUUAUGCUUUCCGCCCUAGACUGAGAUUUAGAUAAGUAGGUAAUAGCCUAAUAGGAUAAUACUGUGUACUUAGGAAUUGCGGCUAGGAUAUAACCUGGUACAACCUGAUACAACAAGGAUUACUGAGGGAGUGAUGAACACAUCCUUGCAAAGUUAAAUUCAUUCACGCACCAACUACUGUGAAGUGAAUAUGAUAUUGUCGUAGACAAUUUCUAAGUUUUGUCAACUUUUCAUUAUUUUCUUCAGAUGUCAUUAAUUCAGGUAAGCAUUUCUCAUCUAUACUUUACGAUUUGCUCAUAAGCUAUAUCGUAUAUCAGAUUUAUUUGUUCCUCGGGUCCUGAGGAUUUUUAAUACCACAUUUGUAUACCAACGUUGUUGGUUUAUCGGAACUGUUCUUCAUGUUGUUGAAGUUUGUUCUGACUAAUAUGAUUGUACCAACGUUGUUGGUUUAUCUCAUGAACUGUUCUUCAUGUUUUUGAAGUUUGUUCUGACUAAUAUAAUUGUACCAACGUUGUUGGUUUAUCGGAACUGUUCUUCAUGUUUUGAAGUUUGUUCUGACUAAUAUAAUUGUACCAACGUUGUUGGUUUAUCUGAACUGUUCUUCAUGUUUUGAAGUUUGUUCUGACUAAUAUAACUGUACCAACGUUGUUGGUUUAUCUGAACUGUUCUUCAUGUUUUUGAAGUUUGUUCUGACUAAUAUAAUUUUACCAACGUUGUUGGUUUAUCUGAACUGUUCUUCAUGUUUUUGAAGUUUGUUCUGACUAAUAUAAUUGUACCAAUGUUGUUGGUUUAUCUGAACUGUUCUUCAUGUUUUUGAAGUUUGUACCUAAUGUACCUUUGGCUAUCCAGAGCUUGCCAAUUGGCGAAAAUGUCUGCCAGGCUUGCUUUGAAAAUGUCUGCCAGGCUUGCUUUGCGAAAAUGUCUGCCAGGCUUGCUUUGCAAAACUUUUACAUUACAUAUUAGCAUCGUUUUUUCUUGCGGCCCAACAAUGCCAUAUUUUUAGCACGUCUACUCUAUAUAAUCCCUUCUCAUUACUAUUUUAUACUGUUCUGUAAGUUUUAUCCUUGUCUACUAUGCCACCCACAAAAAGGCAAUCACGUAAACGACCAGCCAAUGGCCCAGCUAGCGCUUUGCGUCCUCGACGUAGUCCUCGUUCGUUGACCAAAAGCAACACGGCAGCCACUCUUAAUGCUGCUCCACUCACAACCGUCGUACCACCAGCAACUCUCACAGCACCGCAGGAAGAAUUGCAAAUGUCCAAUCUCCCAGUGUCGCACGUACAAUUGCCAGUGACUGUUUAUCCACCAGCUGCUGGUGGCAAUGCGACAAGUCCCAUCUCGUCCAAGACGCCAGAACUGUUUCAGGAGUUGGUUUCGUCGGUGACUGAUGCUGUAAAUGCAACCCACGGAUCCACGCCAAGAGCCGAGGGGCCUCUUUCCACAUCACCUCCUUCUGUGCCAUCUGCUGUUUUGCCUCGAACUGGACCAAUGGCGAUGCCAUCUUCUACCUCUGGUUUUCAUGACACAGCCAACUUGGUAACUGCGGCAAUAGCUGCAGCUCACACAAGCAUCUCUGGUGAGCCGCAUUUAUUGCCUACAAUUAGAACUAGUUUUGGUCAUAGCCCUGCAAGUUCUGCCGAGCCCACUCAAAUUUUUCAUUCAGCCAGUUUGCCACUUGAUUCCAGGGUUUCGGCAAAACUCAAAGGAAAAAUAUGGAAUGAGGAGUUUGUCGCUUUUGGCAGCUUGUUGUCGUUGAGCAAUACUGAACACGAGAAAUUUCAAAUUUCCUUUAUGAAUUUGGAAGCGGGUCUUCCUGCUUCCUUCUGCCUCGAAAUAUCCAAAGCAUUGAAGUUUGGCUGCAAGCGUUCCAUAUAUUUGUAGGCAUUUAUACUCAAAAAUACCCGCAUGAGGCUCCCGCCCUCAUGAAAUACGGGCAUACAAUUCAGGACUUGGUGUUUCGCGGGCAGAAUUGGCGUUUUUACGAUGAGAAUUUUCGCUUUCUACGUCAAACUCAACGCAGUCUAGUUCCCUGGGGUUCUAUUCAUGGGGAACUGUGGCUGCGUUCACAAUACAGCAUGAACAUAACGCGAAACCAACCUCUAGUUCCCCCAAUAAGGCAAAAUAGAUUCUCUAAUGAUUCUAGGCCGCGGCCAAAUAAUCAAGUGCCAUGGGGUUAUUGUUUUAAAUUCCACCGGGGCCUAACUUGUUCAGGUUGGUUGUGACUUUAGUCACACUUGUUUUAAAUGUCAAGGCAAUCACCGAGGCAGUCAAUGCGAAAGUAAUUUUCGUGUCUCAAAAGGAAGUCACACGCCAAUGACACCCGCAACGCCAAGUCCAACGCAAUUACCCACGCCGGUAAAAAUUCAGCCCUUAAUAAGUUUGUUAUCGGGUUACAAGCCAUCUAUUGUAAACAUUUUAAUUUCUGGUUUCUCGUGUGGUUUUCCAUUGCAUUUUCAAGGUGAAAUUCAACAACUUCAGCCGAAAAAUUUAACUUCUGCUUUAGACAAUCCGGAAAUUGUUGACAUGAAACUAGGCAAAGAAUUGGCUGCACAUUGUUUGGCAGGUCCAUUUUCGUCCCCGCCAUUUGAUUCCUUUCGCGUUUCUCCUCUUGGCCUUGUACCUAAGAAAACACCAGGGGAGUUUCGUUUAAUUCAUCAUUUAUCAUUUCCCAAGGGCUCAUCGGUUAACGAUGGAAUAUCCCCCGAGCAUACAAGCGUACAUUAUGCCACUGUGUCUGACGCUAUACGUUUGAUAAAAGCCGCAGGACAUGGCUGUUUUUUGGCGAAAACUUAUAUAAAAAACGCCUUUCGAAUUAUGCCGGUUAAUCCUAAAUCGAAUUAUGCCGUAUAAUCUCUUAGGAAUCAGAUGGCGCGGGAUGUAUUAUUACAACAAGUGCUUGCCAAUGGGAUGUGCAAGUUCAUGCAAAACUUUCGAAUCAUGUAGCACUGCGGUGGAAUGGAUUGCUCGACAUAAGUGCAAUAUCGACAAACUCCUUCAUUUCUUUUUUUCUUCGAUUUUCUUUUUAUUUCUCCUAGUCACAGCCGGUGUCAGGAUACAUUGGAUAGAUUUUUAAAAUUAUGCGCUCAACUCGGAAUUCCAAUUACACCUGAAAAAACUUGCGGUCCCGCAACGACUCUCAUAUUUGCGGGCAUUGAGUUAGAUUCUAUAAAAUGUGAAGCCCGUUUACUGCGCAAUAAAAUAGAAAAGUGUGUGCAAACUAUUGCGGACUUUCUACACCGAAAGAAGGUUACCCUCAAAGAACUCCAAUCUUUGAUAGGAUUAUUGAAUUUUGUGUGUUCCGUGGUUACGCCAGGUUGCGCAUUUUCGCGAUUAUUAUUCAUUCUAUCCAAUUGUCCUAAGCCUUUACCUGUGGGGUCAUCAUAUGAGCAACCAAUCUAUUUUAUUUUUUACUGAUAAUGAAGCAUUAGUUCAUGUUAUCAACAAAAAAUCAUGUCGUGACAAAUCUUUGAGGUGUUUUGUGCACACAAUGGUGCUAGUUUGCUUACAAAACAAUAUUGAAUUCAAAGCAAAACAUAUCGCCGGAAUUUCUAAUAAAUUGGUGGAUUCUUUAUCUCGCUUUCAGGUGUCCACCUUUCACCAGUUAGCACCGGCCAACAUGAACAGGCUUCCAAUGGACAUCCCCCUUCAUCUGCAGCCUCAAAGUUGGCAAAUACAAUUACACACUUGGCAACAGUCUAGCUUGCAAAAAUCUUCGAAAAAAAAAAGUUCUUGCAAAAAUCUUCUUCAAUUUUGCGGUCUAAAUCCAACUCGCUAUAAAUCUCACAGUUUCCGAAUUGGGCUGCUUCUUAUGCUGCAGAAAAGGGGAUGUCGGAUGCACAAAUCCGCACAUUAGGGCGAUGGAAGUGUAAUGCUUUUCAGCAUCAGGGUUUCAUCGCUCUCCACUUAACUUUUAGUUCUAAUACUAUUUGUAUAAUUAUGUCCUAUCUACAAGACUAGCGGGGAGUCUUGGGGUAAGGCCUUCUUUAAUUACCGUAAGAUUCAGCUGUCAACGGGUGACAAUUGGUACCACACAGUGGCUGGUACUGGUUGUUGCUUGUUGCGGUUUCAUUUAUUUAGUAUUUAGUUACUUUACACAACAUGCAGUUGAUAAUUGGUACCAAGCAGGAGCUGGUACUUGUUGUUGCAGUUGUAUAUUAUUACAUAGUUUACCAGUGUGCAAGGGCCGCUGACUUUAUUUUUCAAGGCUUGUAGAUUAACAGGAGUUUCUUAUCAACAGUUAGCACGGGCGGCUGUUGUAUAGUAUUAUUUUCAUAUUAGUUAUUUGGUAUUUUACUGCAUGCUACUGUUGGAAUGUACAUUUACUAUAUUUUUGCGCACUGACACAUCGCAAUUCACAGCUUGCAGGGGCGUCUGUGAUCUCAUUUUAUCUUCAUAUGACGAAUAGCAGAUGGAGACUUGAGUCUUGCAUUGCCUGGGGUGGGGUGCAUCUUAGCAGAGUAAGAUGCUUUGGCGUAAUCUUGCCCAAGUUUUGUCAACUGUUCACCCGCCUCCUCCCCAGUAUUGCAUCCAUAUGCUAGUUUUCAGUUUGUAUGUAGUGAUGGCAUAAUCUUGCCCUCACCUUUACUGGGCAAAACUGUUUGAGCACAUCUUUCAUGUGCAAUAUAUAUUUAUAUAUAAUUAAUUAAUUUCUGUUAUGAAGAUCUAAAAUAAAGCGGCUGAGGGAUUGUUAAACCCCAAGCCAAAUUAACCCAAUCACGUGUCAGAUUUAUUAUACUGUCUACCGUGCAGCCCAGUAAACAGAGCUCAAUCAAUGCAACACUCAAGCUUCGAUACGUUUAGGAUUGUUAUGUCGGGUAUAGGGGGGAAAGCAUAAAAACCCUUACUAUUCCCAGGUUGGAACUAUUGGGGUGUUUGUUAUUGAGCAAGUUGAUCAAUGAGAUUGUACUUGGUAUACGAGGGCAUGUAGAGUUGGAUGAAAUAUUCUGUUGGUCGGAUUCAGAAGUGGCGUUGAGUUGGAUAAGGGGAAAGGAGCGAAGCUGGGAACCUUGGGUAGAGAAUAGAGUUGUCACCAUUAGAAAGGUUGUCGAUCGUGAUCGGUGGAAUUUUGUUAAAGGAGAACUGAAUCCUGCAGAUAUCCCCACUAGGAUAUCAACUAGUCUAGUUGAGUGUUUCUCAGGAUGUUGGUUUACUGGUCCUUCGGUGUUGUUGUCUCAACCUUCUGCAUACAGAGGCGAGAGAAGUGAUACUCUUUGUGAUCAAACGUCUUUGGGCGGGAGAGAACGUUCUAACAGAGAACGUUCUAACAGAGAACGUUCUAACGGCUGA